AUGAACGAUAGCGGAAUGUACAAUGAAGAUACUACGUACAAAGGAAUUCAAAGUCCAAUUGAGGUUACUGAGCGCACAGUAGUUAGGUUCAUUACUCGACUUUCGGCAAACACCGAAGGUAGCGCAGCAAAGACUACCAUCAGGAAAUCAGGUCUUCAGCGUAAAUGCUAUCGUUAUACACCACCAACAUUCCCCAUUUACUCACACUCAUCCUUGAAUAUGGCGGUCAUAGUCUUAAAUGAUCCCAGUUGGUGGCCGAUAAUAAAUUUGAACAUUGGUUUAAGCUAUUGGAUAGUUGCUGCGGGCGUCAUGGUGGUAUACGAUUGGGUCUUAACACUCGGACAAGAGAUUGAACUCAUCUGGAUACGCUAUAUUGGAAUACUGUAUUCUGUGUAUGUGUCGAGACCAACAGAUUGGUACCGUGCUGAUAGCUCAUCUUUGACAAUUAGUGCCAUUGUUAUGGAAUGGAUGCCAUUUGUCUCACUCACAGAUGCAGGGUGUAAGUCGCAGUGUUUGAUACUGGUGUUCGCUAAUUGA